GUUUUACAUGAUUACAUGUUAGAAUGUUGAAAAUGAUUUAAACUUUACCUGACAUGACAGCACUUGACAAUUAAUUACGUAAAACAGAACGAUAGUGAUACGAGUCCGGAUAUCGAAAUCUUUUUGAUGUAUUUUAUUUUCGGCUAUUUCUUAGAUAAAACAAGUUAAAUAUGCCGGCAACACGAAUUAUUGGACGGUUAUAUAGUACUCCUAUUAUAAACUUCACUUCUUGUUGCCAUAAAAAUGUGUCAAAACUGCAAGUUCGACAUAGUGUUACUGUUACAAGAAAAUCGAAUUUAUUUAUUCCAAUCACUGUGAAAGCUCGAAAACUAGGCUUGGGGCCCACAUCGAAAGAUUUUGAGGAUCCUGCACAAUUCACAGGACCAUUAACAAAAGCACACGCGACAGAACUUGUUCUUCAUAUGAACGACGAAGAAAGAAAAUUAUUGUUCACAGCACUACAGGAAUUUGAAUCAAACAGAAUCAAAGAGGAAUUUGAAGAUAAACUAGCUGGCCUAAGAUGGAGAAGUAAGUUUGGGAGGCCUAGUAAGGUUCCAACACUGGGUGACGUAGACCCUACGGGUAGUUACUGUCCGGUUCCCGAGGAUUGGUUGAAGAAAAAAUAUGGUAUUUUCAUAACAACUUUACAUACAUUUUUUUUCUUUACAGUGGCAUUAUCAAAUUCAAUACCUUUCAUAGGUUUUGGAUUUCUGGACAACUUCAUAAUGAUAAUAGCUGGCGACAGUAUCGAGAGCAGCAUGAGCGCGUACAUCACGCUGUCGACGAUGGCGGCGGCGGCGCUGGGCAACACGUUCAGCGACGUGAUCGGCAUCGGCUCCUCGCACUACGUGGAGCGCGCCGCCGCCCUCAUCGGCCUCGGCGCGCCCAAGCUCGCGCCGGUGCAGCUCGACAUGCCCGUCACCAGGAGGUUCACCAACAUGGGACGAGUAAUUGGCAUCACAAUAGGUUGCUUCCUCGGCAUGACGCCGCUACUGUUCAAGGAUGACGAAAAGGAAUCGAGUAAACCGGAUAGUCCUGAUAAAAAAGCGAAAACAAGCGAUAACAUCCGACAGACAUAUGUCGUUGCUGACGGUACUCUCGAUGGUCAGCUUGAACGAGCGGUACGGUUAAGUGGAAGGGGUGGGUGCAUCCAACUCGAAGUAUGCGGCUAUUAGAUGUUUUGUGUAAUAUGAUGGCGUUGGUGUCGACAGAGGUGGUGUUAUGUUAAUACACAUAAUAUAAGUAAGUAUAUAAGAUAUCACACAAAAUUCAGUACAAGGACGUUAGGUAAUGACAGUUAAUUAACAAUCUAUAAAAGAUCUGACAUUACUUGUGUUCUAUAUAACAUAACCUAACUUUUAACAGCAGACAAUGCCAACAGCAAAUUAUUUUUAUGUCAAAGGAACACAAUUUAGCCAUAGCACAUAAAAAUUUAUUAUGUACAGUUUUUUUAAAAUAAACAUAUGUUUGUGCCCGACAAAAUCGACAUGAAAUCGGAAACACUCAAUAAGCAAUUUGACUGCAAUCAUUUCAAUUAUAACAUUCAUUUCAGUACAAAAAAUUUCGGGUGUAUAUAAUAAAAAAAAAAAUUUAAAUACAAAAUAGUACUUAUUGUGCAUUACAAAAAGUCAACGAGUGACAAAAACGUGAUCACGUAACAGCAGGCCAAUUCUGCUAAUGUCUACGUAAUAAUAGCAUCUCGAUAGAAUCUUAACUCGGUACUUGCAUUUUACUAUCUACAUUAGGUCACAAUAUUACAAUAUAAUAAGUUACAGAUAUAUUACCUAUGAUAUUGGACUUCAGGCAGAUAGUACAAGGGAAAAAUGCGAGUAAUUGAGAUUCUAUUGAGAUGCAAUUACGUUAACAUUAGCAGAAUUGGCCUGCUGUUUGAAACCGAGAAAGUAUAUCCUUCUGAAUUAUAAUAUAUAGUAUAAAAUACAUUAACCUUAUAACUAUAAUAUAAUAAAUCCUUUAACUAAAGCAGAUAGUUAACGCCCAUGUAUUAUGGAAAUAUGAAACGGUGAAAGUACCUCAUCACUCACCCAGAUCCAAGAUUAUACAGAAAAUAUUUCUAUAUAUUCAUUCGACCAGGCAUCGAAACCGGGAUCUAUCCGAGAUGUCUCU